UCUGCUUCUAGGAAGUUGUGGGGAAGCUGCGAACGGAAUAAUCUCUCUGCAAAACAACCUCCUUGAACACGACAAGGGACAGGGAAAGACGCACAAAAGAGGAAGGCCCGCCAGAAGUAACUUUCUGCAAAGUAAAGGGGCGUCUCAGUCUUCUCAUCUUUACUUCCUGGAGAGAGAGAGAGGGAGAGGAGGAGGAGGAGACGCACAAGAGGAGCUGGACAAGCCUUAUGUUCCAAGACCUCAGGGGAAUGGUAUAUGCAACCUGCUUGCAACCUGCCAAGCCAUUCAGAAUAUAUAAAAGGCUGCUCUUUGAUUGAACCAGAAGGUGACACUAAACAAAUUAAGACUUCAAAACUCAGGAGAAGAUGACAGAGGAGAUCAAGCAGACUGCUCAAAAUGAAUUCCCUGAAGGAGAGGAGCCGACAUCACAGAGGCCCCCAGAUAGUGAAAAUACAUUUGCCAGCACUGAACAAAAUGAAAUGGAAGAAACAAGAAAGGAUUCCUUGUUGGAAAGGCAUUCGGAUUCUCAUGCAAUUCUGUUAAAAACAGAGACCAGUAGCCCUCCAGGAUGCAAUGUAGGACUUCUCCCUGGUUCAGCUACCUUACCUGACAGUUCUUCAGGCAAAGAUAUGGUGGAUUCCUCAGAUGAAAAGAGUGAGUGUUCGAGCCAAAUUCCCUCGCAAGAUUCUCCAACGAAAGAGAAAAACAGUUUGCCCAAAAGCAUCCCAGAAGAAACAACAACAACAACAAGAAGCCAGCACUCAUCGGACCAUCCUGAGACCAGUGGCCCUUCAGGAUGCAACAUGGGACUUCUCCCGGGUUCAGCUACCUUACCUGACACUUCUGUAGGCAAAGAUAAGGUAGAUUCCUCAGAUGAAAAGAGUGAAUGUUCGACCCAAGUUCCCGUGCAAGAUUCUCCAAAAGAACAGAAAAACAGUUUACCCAAAAGCAUCCCAGAAGAAACAAGAAGUUCCGUGACCCAGCAAAGCCAACUCUCGUCGGAACAUCUUGAAGAAACAAAAGAAGAUCCAUUGGACAAAGAAAUGGAACAAUUAGUUCAAAAGCCUGGAGGUACUGAGAGGAAGAGAUCCUUCAGUGAAGGAUACUCAGUGAGCAAAUCAAAGACUGAACUCUAUUCAGAAGAGGCAAGUCAGUGCCAAUCACAAGAAGUACGCAAUCAGAGCACAGGGGAACUGAUGGAGAAUCAUCAUCAGCUUCUUCGAGGGUUUCCUUCCGCUGGAAUUGUUCUGGGAGUUAUGGUGGUUUUGGCUGCCAUUUGCAUAAGCAUCAGCGGCUACUACACUUCCAGCUCCCCACAUGUGCCAAGAAAUCCAGCUGUGGUGGCCUUCCUGUCUAGGUUUGAUCCGCUGAAGGACAGCUUCCCUGGUCAGAGCCCUUACCUGUGGGGACGGGUCCGAACGGUCCUGCAGAAACACCUCAAUGCUUCCCAGCACACUCAGCCGGCGAUCUUAAUCUUCACCGCUGCCCAGAAAGCCGAAGCGACCCUGAAUUGCCUGAGCACCCAGAUAGCCGAUGCCUAUUCAUCGUCCCUUGAGAGCAGUACGAUCCAGGUAGACGGAGCUUCGAAAUCCACUCUGAACAGCGACCAUGCCAAGCUGGCAGUUGACGAGGAGUUGAGCUCUGGCUUCCGUGGAGGACGGAAGGCAGCCGUGGUGCAUCGGUUUGAGUCGCUCCCGGCAGGUUCCACCUUAAUCUUCUACAAGUACUGUGACCACGAGAGUGCGGCCUUCAAAGACGUGGCCCUGAUUUUGACUGUUUUGCUGGAGGAUGAGAAACUGGAGCCCAACAUUGGUCUCCAGCUUGUGGAAGAAAACGUGCGGGACUUUCUCUGGGCCAAGUUCACAAACUCGGACACGCCCAGUUCCUACAACCACAUGGACACAGACAAACUGAGUGGGCUGUGGAGCCGCAUAUCGCAUUUAGUCCUGCCGGUCUUUCCUCUGCAAGUGAUAGAGGACCACGGCUGCCUUUGGCAAACUGGACCAAGGGGUGACUGAGGUGGCCUUCAUGGGAGAGGCAGAAAGCUCUGCAGGCUUUGCACCAAUCAGAAGAGCCUUUCGGAGAGGCUGUAUGCCAAGCUGGGCUCUGGAAGUAGUCAUGGGGAAUGAGCUAGUUUUAGACAAAUGAUUCGUUUUGAUAACAGCUUUGAUCCUGACUUCCUUGACAAAAUGAGCAAUGUAGCAAUUGGAUCUUUUUCGAAGCUGCUCCGCAUUUGUGAUACAACCUGGGCACGAUGUUUUUCUGUUUUAAAUUAGGUAACAGACCAAAGGGUGAUAUUUCACUCUUGCACAUCAUACAUCCAGAACGAUUUGGUCACUGGAGGAAAAUGGAAAGGAGACAAGUCACUGAAAACUGCUCUUAGUAGAAUCUGCCCUUCUUAAACAUUAGUUUUAAAGUGAUGCUGUCUUCCAGCUUUUUUUUAUGUAGAUGAAAUCCUUGUGUGCAGAGUGACCAAUCCACUUUAUCAAACAUACCAGAAAUUUGGGAGGUUCUAGUAGUUUAUAUUAACUCCUCAUGCAUUAAGUAGCCAAUUCCACCACUGUAACCAACUGUGAUAUCUUGGAGGCUGUCUGCACUGCAGAGUUUAGUGUAUGUGCAAGGUCCUUGCUGAAUGUCUGGCACUUAAUCAAAAGCAUAGAAAGAAUGCCACAAACCAUUCGUCUUAGAUUGGCCCAAAUGUUGUACAUAAAGGUGGAGACCAGCACAGACUGAGCUCAGGGUAUGUGUGAAUUUAAUGCAUUAAAUUAGCAAAACCACUUAAGGCCCAUGCAGAUUUACCCUUGGGUGUACCUUAGCAAAUUGCACAGCUCUUUCUUUCUGUGUUUUGGGGUAGGAAGUUGAACAAGUCAUAGAAUCAUAGAAUAGCAGAGUUGGAAGGGGCCUACAAGGCCAUAGAGUCCAACCCCCUGCUCAAUGCAGGAAUCCACCCUAAAGCAUCCCUGACAAUUGGUUGUCCAGCUGCCUCUUGAAGGCCUCGAGUGUGGGAGAGCCCACAACCUCCCUAGGUAACUGGUUCCAUUGUCGUACUGCUCUA